ACUCUGUCUGUGGAUACACCAAGCUGACACCAUUUCACUGUGGACAUUACACCCUCUGUCAGACAUGGGAGACAUGGGAGACCCUCCAAAAAAAAAAAGACUCAUUUCACUGUGUGUCGGCUGCGGAAAUCAGAUCCACGACCAGUAUAUACUGAGGGUGUCUCCAGACCUGGAAUGGCAUGCAGCGUGUCUCAAGUGUGCUGAAUGCAACCAAUAUUUGGACGAAACUUGCACGUGCUUUGUUAGGGAUGGCAAAACGUACUGUAAAAGGGACUAUAUCAGGUUGUAUGGGAUCAAGUGUGCCAAGUGCAAUAUCGGCUUCAGUAAGAAUGACUUUGUCAUGAGGGCCCGCUCCAAGGUCUAUCACAUCGAGUGUUUCCGAUGCGUGGCCUGCAGCCGUCAGCUCAUCCCCGGGGACGAAUUCGCACUGCGGGAGGACGGGCUCUUCUGUCGGGCGGACCACGAUGUGGUGGAAAGGGCCAGUCUGGGGGCCGGAGACCCUCUCAGCCCGCUGCAUCCGGCCAGACCCCUACAGAUGGCAGCAGAACCCAUUUCUGCCCGGCAGCCGGCCCUCAGGCCUCACGUCCACAAGCAGCCAGAGAAGACCACCCGGGUCCGGACCGUCCUCAAUGAGAAGCAGCUUCACACCUUGCGGACUUGUUACGCCGCCAACCCCCGACCCGACGCACUGAUGAAGGAGCAGCUGGUGGAGAUGACCGGUCUCAGUCCCCGGGUCAUCAGGGUCUGGUUCCAGAACAAGAGGUGCAAAGACAAGAAGAGGAGCAUCUUGAUGAAACAAAUACAGCAGCAGCAGCCCAACGACAAAACGAAUAUUCAAGGGAUGACAGGGACCCCUAUGGUGGCUUCCAGUCCCGAAAGACACGAUGGCGGUUUGCAGGCUAACCCAGUAGAGGUGCAGAGCUACCAGCCCCCAUGGAAGGUCCUCAGUGACUUUGCAUUGCAGAGUGACAUUGAUCAGCCGGCAUUCCAACAACUGGCCUGUUUCUCACAGGUUAGUUUUUCAGAAGGGGGACCAGGCUCCAACUCUACCGGAAGUGAAGUGGCCUCCAUGUCUUCUCAGCUCCCAGAUACUCCAAACAGCAUGGUAGCCAGCCCUAUUGAAGCAUGAGGAGCGUGAACUCUAUGGUCUCCCAAACCCUUCCCUUUUUUCUGUUGGAAAAGUGGGAUUAAGUAUUGGCUUGAACUUCAACAAAGUUAUCUGACGACCCAGUUGAUGCACCAGAGCACCCAGGAUAGUCCAUCUGAUGCAUGGAAGGCCAUCUGGAGCAGAUGGCAUGGUAGCAACACUGUGAAGACAAUCAUGGGAUCUUACUAGGAUUGAACAAUGUCCAUGGUCGUAGGGGCCUUACCUGUCCAGGACAAGGGCAAGACAAGGGUCUUAGAGGAUUUCAAUUUUGUGGAUCUUGGUUCUUUCUAUCUCUUAGCACACUUCAAGACAUUACCACCACUUGACCACGAUGGAGAGAUAGCAGUGAGAUGAUCUUAAUCCGAAUGGUGCUGUAUCCGUUUCACAACAUUUAAUCAUUGCCUUGCCAAACAGGAGCUCCACAGAGUAUGAGACUGUAGACCAGCUAAGUGGACAAUGACUGCGGGAACCUUGAAGGAUUACAGGUGGAGCUGGUUUACAUGUGGUUAGCAAUGUUUUCAACUGACUAAAAAAAAAGGGAGGGGGGUACUGUUAAAAAAAAAAGCAAACCCAGGCUCCCACCUAGCAUGUAACUAUUUCCAAGACUCCCCCUUCUUCAAUCAUCUAGUCCAAAA